AUGUCUAAUGAUUCUAUCACUCCAAUAACAGAGGAUGAAUUCAUCACUAUAUCUACUAUAUGUGUUCCUCUGAACAUCAUUUCUCUUAUUUCUACUGUUACCUCAUGCGUGAUAUUUGGCUUCAUCCAAAUAUAUUAUCCUAAAUUCGCAGACCGGGUUUCAUUUCGUUUAAGUUUUGCGGCCUUAUUUUGUGAUAUAGGUUAUUCUUGUCAUCUUCUAGUUAUUCUUGCUGGGGAUGAUACUCCUGAUGUAUCCAUAUUGUAUUGUGCGAUCGUUGUUAUUAUGGUCAUUAGAAAACUUAAAUCUGUGGCGAAGAAAGUUGAUUAUUCUUUGUCAACUUCUCAGUCAUCUAGUUAUCCCGGUUUGGUUGAUAAUACUGUGAUUUCUUCUGUUGUUAAAAGGGUCAUGUGGUAUCCUGUGGUGCCAUUGGUGGCUCAAUUUUUUAGUUCUUUCGUUGAAAUUUACGCUUAUAUUAAUCGCGUGGUCUAUUAUCCUCUAUAUUUACUUUGCUUCAUUGGCAUGUCGCUUCAAGGAUUACUGAAUGCUUUAGUAUUUUCACAAGACAUUGCUGUUACUCGUACUUUCCAGGAUGUUAAACUGCAAUGGUGGAUCUCCAAUGUUAACUCUUAUGAGUUUCAUUAUCCUCAUCGAUCUCAUAGCAAAGCAAUUACAGAUGAAUUCUGCAUGUUAGAAAGAUCCAAUGAUUUUGUUGAACUGAAACCUUCUUUUUUAGAAUGGAUAAAAUACAUGCUAUUGAUUAAACUUUUCUCGCCUCCAGAAAGUUCAUCUCGAUUAAUUUCACCCAAACUUUUAUCACAUAUCAAUUCUUUGAUUGAAAAUAAGCCUAUUAAUACUUCUUCUGCCCUGUUUGGAAAGAACAAUUCAAAACAAAAUAUAACUCUUAACAAUCAAAAUAAUAAUCAAGAAAUUCAUUUAGUUUUUCCCGAACCUGUUCAUUUAGAAAAUUCUUUUCAAUAUCCCUCAAUAGAUUUAUCAUCUCAAUGUUUAAAUCCAACAACUUCAUCUGAUCCCUUGAUAGGACGGAUUAAUAGUGAACCGAUAAAAAGAGUAUCAGGGGAAAUUCUAAAAAUAUUUGGCCCAGAUACUGAUUUAUCACAAGAAAUUGAAAUGUAUAAACAAACUUUAAAAAAACUAUAA